AUGGGGAGAAGUGCUUUUGCCCUGGUUCUCGCCCUUGCCCUGGCAGUGUGUGUUGCCCCUGUGGAGAGGAAGUGCCUUCUCUCUGGGUCGUGGCGGAGCGACACCAGCUGCCGGAUGGUUGUGUCCACCCUGGACAAGGACAACAGAUUCUCCGGCUUUUACCUGCCAGGACCUGCUGCUGGCUACUCUGAACUCCUCACGUCACCACUGGAGGGGUCCCAACAAGAUACAGAGCUGAUCUCACAGCCCACCUUCUCCUUCACUGUGAACUGGAAGCUCCAAGACUCAGAGACUGCCCGGACAAGUGUCUUCCUGGGCCAGUGCUAUGUGGACACCAAGGGGGAGGAGACCCUGCAUGCCCUAUGGCUCCUGAGAGAGGCAGCCGACAGCCCUGCAGAAGACUGGAAAGGCACACGGAUUGGCACCAGCACCUUCACACGGAUAAAAUAA